GUGGAGGGUAUCGUAGAAGCCGGUACGGUUUUCAGUUCCCUCUCCACCCACCUCACUCAAUAGCCCAUCCACUAACAUCUGUUUUCUUCCCUUUCUCAGGCGAGAUCCUAGCCCUAAUGGGCCCCUCAGGCUGCGGAAAAACCACACUCCUCAACUUCCUCGCCUCCCGCCCGCUCCCUUCCUCCUCCGGCGGCGGCACCACCACCUCCGGCUCCGUGCUCAUCAACGGCCAACCCACUCCCACCUCCACCUUCCGCGAGAUCACCCGCUUCGUCGAAGGCAUCGAUAUUGAAUAAUAUGCCGUUGCCGAAUCCCAUCUUCUUAAUACUAUAAUUAAAAAUAUUAGUUGGAAGGGCGUUACGGUAACGGUCAAAGAUAGAGAGACUAAGGAACCGAAGAAGAUUGUCGACAAUGUGGAGGGCAUCGUAGAAGCUGG